CGUCAUUUUUUCAGUCGCCAUUGUUCUCGUUCUCGGCUGUCGAAUUUUGUGGAAAUUAUCGAAUUUCCCUUAAAUUCGUUGCAAUAAAUACAAAUAGAAGUUAGAAAAAUAAACAAUUUUGGAGUACACAAGUGCACAGUGCGCGUUAUUUCGUAACAAGAGGCCGCCAAUCGAAAUUAGAGACACCCGUCAGACGACUCGCCAGUUAACGAGCAGCUCAAGCGAAAUCGAAUAUUUCGUUCGUGGCAAAAAAAAAUAAUACAAACUUGAACAAAAACCCAAAACGAAAAACAUGUCAUCUAUGAAUCCAGAAUACGAUUAUCUUUUCAAACUGCUGUUGAUCGGCGACUCUGGCGUUGGAAAGUCCUGUUUGCUGCUCCGAUUUGCCGAUGAUACAUAUACAGAGAGCUACAUCAGCACAAUUGGCGUGGACUUUAAAAUUAGAACUAUAGAAUUGGAUGGCAAAACGAUUAAAUUGCAAAUUUGGGAUACUGCUGGACAGGAGCGCUUCCGUACCAUCACAUCAUCAUAUUAUCGUGGCGCGCAUGGCAUCAUUGUUGUUUACGAUUGCACGGAUCAGGAGUCCUUCAAUAAUGUCAAGCAAUGGCUAGAGGAAAUCGAGCGAUAUGCAUGCGAAAAUGUUAACAAGUUGCUGGUGGGCAACAAAAGUGAUUUAACCACCAAGAAAGUUGUCGAUCAUACAACAGCUGCGGAGUACGCACAUCAGUUAGGCAUUCCAUUCCUUGAAACUUCGGCCAAGAGCGCCACCAACGUGGAGCAGGCAUUCAUGACGAUGGCGGCCGAGAUUAAGAAUCGCGUUGGGCCGCCGUCCAGCGCCACCGAUAAUGCUAGCAAAGUGAAAAUCGAUCAGGGUCGUCCAGUGGAGAACACCAAAUCUGGCUGCUGCUGAAUAACUCUGAUUGUGAAUCAUUAUUUUAUUAUACAAUUAAACAAAAUUUAAAUAUAAUAAAUUAAAACGAAACAAAAACACGGCAAAAGUAAAAGAGAAACAAA